GUCACCAGGCGCAGCACCAGCAGCGGGCGGCCGCACCGAAGGGCUGCGACAUCUCUAACGGAGCCGCCGCUGGCGCCGGGCCGGCCCCCGCCCCAGCGCAGCCCCGGGGGCUGGGCCGGGCCGGGCCGGGCCGGGCCGGGCGGGUAGCGGGGUCGCCGGGAGGGCCGCUCCAAGCCCCACCGGGCCGCUCCCAGCCCCGCCGCGGCGUUAGGCCGGGCCGCGGGCAGCAGUUCGCAGGCCGUAUCGGAUCCCCGAGGGAGGAGCUGCUAAGGGCUUCCGAAAAAUGGCAGGGAGAAAAGUCCUGAUAGUCUAUGCACAUCAAGAGCCCAAGUCCUUGAACGGAUCUUUGAAGAGGGUUGCUGUGGAAGAAUUGAGCAAGCAGGGCUGCAGUGUCACAGUGUCUGAUUUGUACGCAAUGCAUUUUGAGCCAAGAGCAACAAGAAAUGACAUUGUUGGUUGCUUGCACAACUCAGAAGAGUUCAAUUAUGGUGUGGAGACAUGGGAAGCUUAUAAGAGAGGAGGUUUGUCCAACGAUCUGAUUGAAGAGCAAAAGAAGGUGCAGGAAGCAGACUUACUGAUUUUUCAGUUUCCCUUGUAUUGGUUCAGCAUGCCAGCAAUCAUGAAGGGCUGGAUGGACAGAGUCUUGGUCCAAGGAUUUGCACACAAAUUUCCAAACUGUUACGAUUCCGGUUUGCUCAAGGACAAAUUAGCCCUGUUUUCUUUCACCACUGGAGGAAGCAGAGAGAUGUAUGCAAAAGGAGGUAUCAGUGGUGAUAUUCGCUAUGUCCUGUGGCCCAUGCAGUCCAGCAUGGAAUCAUGCACUUUUGUGGUGUCAAAGUCCUUGCACCUCACAUCUGCUUCGCUCCAGAGUAUGUCUCUGAGGAGAAGAGGAAGGAGAUGCUGAUUGCCUGGGCCCACCGCCUGAAGACUCUUUGGAAGGAAGAACCCAUAAACUGCUCUCCUGAGUGGUAUUUCAAGUAAUGUUCAGGUACAGGACUACAGAGAGAAGAUUUUUUUUUUCUCUGUUCUUUUUGGUGCUUUAUCUCAAUGUAUGAAUGCUGAUCUCCUACUUCAAAUGUAUUAUAAGUAUCUUGAGAGUACUACAGCUAGCAGUUUAACUGACAAUAUAGCAUUUAUCUUCAUCGAUUCCUGAGGGAUUCUCUUCAAUGAUGGGUGCAAAACUCUUUUUGAAAAAUUAUCCUUGCUCAUACAAACGGUGAUAUCCUGCCUACAAGUGGUUGAUAACACAAGUGGUAUUUAAUUGCAGAUUAUACCAUCGCUGCUUAUGAAACAGAAGAGUUUAUUUUAACACUUUUUGUACAGGCUGCCACUUUUUUUUUAUUUGCAAGGGAAUAUACUGCCCAUACUCAACCUUGUUAUUGCCAGUCCUGUUCUUUUAAUUGAGAGCUCUACACUUGUGCCUUUGAGCUAUGAAGCCAGAUAAUAAAUAAUGCAAAAAGAUGUAUACAGUUGCACAGUGACUUAGCUGGAAAGGCUUGUGGACAGCCUUAGGCUUUUCCACACAUUUACAAAGCAAUAUUAAAGUUAUGACAGAUACCAGAAAAGGAAAAAAAAACAAAUACAAAUAUUGUAUAGCAGUAUAUGCAUGUAUUGCCUCUCUUUAUAGAACAUAGCUCCCAUUUGUAAAGUGUGUCGUUUCCUAAAAUCAAAGGGAGCUCUCUGUUUUUGUUACCCUAAGUAGAGACAAAAAGGAAUCCUAUCUGUUCCCUGCUCCUUCACACCAGUCAGUAUUGCUAUUGGGGUCUGGAGGGCUGAGCACAUCCUGUCAGGCAUCAGUGUGGAUGGGAUUCCUUGGACACAUCUACCGCACUGGCAGUGGGCAAGGUAGAAUGCCUGCCCAAAAACCUGCAGGAGCACUGUCUGUUUGCGAGCCAGAAUCUCAUGGGACAAAACGACUGUCUGGCUCUUAACAUCCAUGAUUUUUACCUCGAACUUUAAACAGAUUAUUUUUGAGCUUGAGAGCACAACCCUUUUUUGUGCAUAUGGCAAAGGGUGGGUUUCUUGCUUAGCUACACCAUCUCUUGCUUUGAUCAGCUUACCCAGCAGCUGGCUUUGCACUUUGACAUUAAAAGAACGUGGCCUGAAUAAGAAACGGUCUUCUGAGUCACUGUGAAAUGACACUUAGGCCUGUGCAUACAGAGCGUGCAUCUGCCGUACGUUCUUUGUAGCAGCCUUGUCGUGCCCCACCCUUAUGUUUCUUUAAGGGCUAUUUGGAUAAUAAACAUGCUGAGCCCAGGUUCUGGAACAGCAGCAUACGCUGAUACACCAGACUGGGAAUUGUUACCGCAGGGAAAGUGUCACGCGUUCCUUUUUGUCACUAUGUGCAGUGAAGGGCCACCUCUAGCAGACACAGACCCCUGGAAGCAGUGCUGCCCUAAGCUGUUGCAGACAUCUGCUUCCGUGUGUAUGAGUCAAAAGUCUUUAAGCUGCACAAGCGAGAAACUUGCUCUGGCUCAGUAACUCUUGUGUAGGAAAAAGAAAGUGAAAGGGAAUAAAAUGGAAAAUGUUACACACGUAAGAUGUGGGGAAAGCAGAUUCUUGCCUAAAAGACUUAAGGAAAACAACUUUAAGUGACAUGAAGAGAGAUUGAAGGACAAAUGCAAAUACUAAAAUUGUACAGGAGAGGAAUCAUCCUUGUGUUCACUGUGUUCAGUUACCAGACUGUUCAAGAAAGAAGGAAAUGGAUAUGAAAGCAGAAGCUGCAACUGUCAAACCAAAUGUUACUGUAUUGGAUCAGUCGCAGAGCUUAGUGGGUUAAACUGUUAGAUGAAGAAAUCUCAGACUGACCCAUAUGAUGAAGCUACGCUGCUUGACACUAUUCGGCAGGUGCGUGCCAGCUCCCAUGCGCAUCGUAGCAUUAAGUGCCUGUGUUAAACUGGUUAUUUGUAAUAUAAGUAUACAAGAGUGAUUGUGCUAUGUCAGAACAAGCACCCUCCAACCUGAGCUUUUUCUCCACAGUGGUUAUAGGCCGGUAAGAGCAAGCACUUCCCCUGAAUACUGUCCUGGGCUCCAACUAUAUUUGGUAUUUAUUUUAGUUUUUUUAUUUUACCAAGCCACUGCUCUGAAUUUUGUUCAGUCUUCUCUUGAAUUCCUGCCAACUUGAAGCAGCCAAUGUUUUUUUGCAAAGUUCAGCGGGUCAACUUUUUCCUGGCAUGAAACAUUGGAGUGGGGAGGGAUCCCGGGGAGGAUGAAGCACCUGGUUCCCAGUAGCUUUCUUUAAUUUCUCCCAGUCAACAGUAAAUGAUCAGUCCUAUCCGUUCUUUUACACAGCGCUUAGAGUUUUGUAGAUGUGCAUCACCUCCUCUCCUAAAUAAUCUCCUUCCGAGGCCAUGGAGUCCUGUCCUGCUCAGUUGUUCUUCCAAGAGAAGGCAUUGAUCUUUGGCCACCCUUGUUGCUUUUCCCUGAACUCUUCCAGUCUCACGAUCCCAUUACUGAGAAGAGGGGACCAGAAGGGCACACAGAGUCAACUCCGUGACUCUUGGAUUCAUACAACUUUCUCUGCUCCUUUCCUAAUAAUCUCUGACAUACGAUUUGCUCUAGGUAGUGUUUUCAUGUGUUGAAACCCUAGAUCGUGGCCAUCAGUGGUCGUGGUCAGCUCAGGGGCUAUUAUUUUAUAUAUAUGAAUUUAGGGUAAUUUCUUUUUCCCUCAUGUGCGCCCCUUUUCAUCUUGAAUUUCAUUUCCUAUCUCAUUGCCCAGUCACUCAACCAUUCUUCCAUAACUCUUCACAAUCUGCUUUGCUUGUCCCCCCAUCCUCUGAAUAAUCUUUAUCAUCAGCAAACUUUCCCAACCUCAUUGCUCAUAUUCUUUUCCAGAACAUUUUCAACAACUCGAAUCCCUGCACUUGUAACCUCCCUCUGUUCUGGGGGCCAUUUACUGUUGCCCUCUUUGUCCUACCUUUUAAACAUGUCUCCAUGCCAUGACCUUCUUUCUUGUCCCCUACCUGCUUAGUUUCCUUAAAACAAAAUUGAUACGAAACUUUGGUGAUCUGGAUGAUAUAGUCUGCUUGUAUUUCCAAGAGGCUUUUGACAUUCUCUACAUGCUUUAACUCCUCCUAAAGUAAAUUAUUCAGGAAUAUUAUUCCAAUGUACAAGGAAUAUCAAUCCCACUGUACAAGGGAGUAUAUGAUGGGGAGGGAACUGAGAACCACUACUCAACUGUAACUUUCUACAGUCAAUCUCAGUCCUCAUCAGUGUAGUCUGUUCUUAUACAGAAAUCACUCUAUGUGCCUCAUAAUUCGUGUCCCUUUCCUUUGUUUCGUGUCUAGCUCUCCUACACCUGUUCAGGGAAAAGGUAAUCGGAACUGUGAGCUGCGUCUCAACUGUGAACUGCGUCUCAACCGUGGACACAUAACAGAUUAAACCACUUUUGCUGAAGGGUGCUGAGCCAAGAGUUAAUGUCCUUGUCCUGACAUGCUUUCAGUGCCUGCUAUACAGCCCACUGUGCAGGGGCACGUGUAUGUUCUGGCGUAUGCCUUACAAAAACUCAAGGGAGAAUUUCACCAUGUAGAAAACCAAUGGAGAGUGGUCUGUGGUUAAUAAGGAGAGAGAAAGGAAGUGUCAGUAUUAGUUUCUUAGUAGUGCUGGAAAUGUUACAGCCAUUUUGAUCUAAAUAAUGAUUGCCAUGCUAAAUCACAUUAUGCUAAAAGUCAAACGUAGUUCUGUCAAAACAGCGUCAUUUUAAUCAGAACAAAGCCAGAAUUAGAUGAGUAACUUAGAGCUGCAUUUCAGGCUGUGGAGAAAGGGCAACAUGCUUUCCUCUUUCAUUUAGUUAGUGGAUUUGUUUUUUAUUGCUGGUGGUCCUCUUCUCCCACACACUUUCAGACAACACUCUGGUCUUUCUCUGACAGUUUUUUUUUUUUAAAGAAAAAUCCUACUAUGUUAGUAGGUAUCCUGAAGCCCAAAGAACCUAUGAUCCACAAAAGAGAUACAAAAAGUUUAAGCUUAGAGUGCUCUCAAGUUUUAGUGAUGGGUAAUCAUUCUAAGGGUAUUAAAAUACCUACUGUAUCCAUACAAAAAUGAAGCUCCAAGAUCCAUGAUAUUUCCUUUUAAAUUAGGUGGGUCACUACAAAGCAGCCAAGAGAGCUACUCCAGCCUUAGUUCAAAAAUUCGAGUUAAAAAGUAUAAAAGAAUCUUUGACUACAAAUGUUUGGGGAAGGAGAGGCCUUAGUCCACAGCAGUAGCCUCGCAUUUCAGCAGCCUCCUUUUAGGUCCUUCAGCAUAGUGGCAGUAGUUGAUCAUUUCACAAACAAGUUUGGGAGAUGUCUAUUCCUGCAAUACUUUUGUUGCUUCCAUCUUACUCUGCUGGUGUUAGUACAUUUACGGGCACAUUCUCCAUAGAACAAAAUACCAAGGAAACACCUAUUGAAGAAUUUGUAUCACAGUACUUGGUGCAGACCGAUGUGUUAAAAAAAAAAAAUUAUAAUACUGGUGAAGUUCUUAUUUUUUUGAACAGUAAAAUUUAGUGAAAUAA